AUGUCGCGAUGUUUCGUUUCUUGUGAUCGUCCAACCACUCGAUAUACGAAUUCUCCCUAUUUCACUACAGUACCGCUGUGGAAGCUUUCUCGAAAAAUUGGUCUCAAACGAGUGUCAUCAAGAAGAUUUCUAAGUGCAAAGCGAAUGAAACGUUGCGAAAAUAUUGGUAGAAGAGAUCGUAACUCGGCGUUGGAUGGCCGCAAUCUGAUAGCGCAACAGAAAUUCGAUUACUUUCUUGUGCUUGAUUUUGAAGCAACCUGUGAACAAUAUACGAAAAUUCAACCUAUUCAGGAAAUAAUCGAGUUCCCAGUGGUUCGAUUAUGCGGUAAAAGUUUCAGUGAAGUUGAUCGUUUCCAUCGCUAUGUUCGUCCAACUGAACGUCCUCAGCUCACACCAUUCUGUACGAAUUUGACUGGUAUUGUUCAAGGUAUGGUUGACGACCAAUUACCCGUGACUAAUGUCUUAUCUGAGUUCCAUCGAUGGCUCAUCGAGCGAGAUCUGGUGAAUCCAAAGAGUGGUGAAAAAACGUGGACGUUCGUUACCUGCGGUGAUUGGGAUCUUGGUACAAUGCUUCCAUCAGAGGCUAACUUCUGGCAGUUGCAGUUGCCAUCGUACUUUAGUGAAUGGAUAAACUUGAAGAAGGCGUUUUGCGACGCGAAAGGAUACUUUCCGAAUUCGUUGAUGCAGAUGCUAAACGAUCUGCAGAUCGCGCAUGUGGGCCAAUUGCACAGCGGUAUUGAUGAUGUGCUCAAUAUAUGCGCCAUUUUGAAACAACUCGCCAAAGAAGGAUAUCAGUUCGAAAAUACUUCCUAUCUCAAAAAAGGGGUUGUUAAAGGACAAAAAGCACCGUUUUUUGGUUGA